AUGUUAUUCUGUCCAACGUGUGCUAAUAUUUUGAUGGUUGAAGAAGGGCCCGAAUCCGGACUGCGCUACGCUUGUAAUACUUGUCCAUACGUUUAUAACAUAAAGAAGAAAGUUUCAUCGCGCACGUUCCCAAAAUUGAAGGAACUUGAUUAUAUUAUGGGCGGUGCUGCCGCGUGGGAGAACGUCGAUUCAACUGAUGCUGUUUGCCCCAAGUGCGGUCAUGGAAGAGCCUUCUUCAUGCAACUUCAAACUCGCUCUGCAGAUGAACCUAUGACAACCUUCUACAGAUGCUGCAAUCAUAAGUGUGCACAUAAUUGGCGUGAUUAAUUCAUGAGUGUAGUGCUUUUAAAGAGCAAAAACUUUCAGUAUGAACAUAUUUAAAAAAAUUCAAU